AUGCACAUUUCUUCUCCACUCAGCCUGGCGGCGUCGGCCUUGCUUGCCAAUGGAGUCGCUGCGCUUCCCUGGUACCACACGCCUGCUGUCAAACAAACGCCAAAGACGGACUAUAUGGUCUCUUUUGAUCCGCGGCCUUACUAUAUAAUCAAUAACAUGACCAAGGGUCCGCUGAGAAGUAAGCUGGAGAGCUGCGAGAAUGGUCCUUUUGCGAUUUCAUCUUGGUCAAUCGGUCAUCGUGGGGGUGGUACCCUCCAAUUUCCUGAGGAGACGGUGGAGAGCACCGUCGCCGGUGCUCGUAUGGGCGCAGGAAUUCUCGAGUGCGACGUCGCUUUCACCAAAGACAAGCAGCUCGUCUGCCGCCAUUCUCUUUGCGAUCUUCAUACGACCACGGAUAUCUUGCUCCGACCAGAGCUAGCGGCCAAGUGCACAAAGCCAUUCACCCCAGCCAAUGCCACACACUCCGCCAGUGCGCUUUGCUGCACAAGCGACAUCACUCUCAAGGAGUUCACUACUCUCUGUGGAAAGCAGGAUGGCUUCAACGCGAGCGCAACGACGCCAAAGGAUUACCAGUACGGAACACCAAAAUGGCGGACCGAGCUGUACGACACGUGCGGAACCGUCAUGACGCUCGAAAGCUACAUCGACCUGGUCGACUCGCUCCCGGGAUACCGCAAUUUCACCCCGGAACUCAAGACUCCCCCGUCAGCCGUGCCGAUGCCCUUCAAUGGAUAUACCCAAGAGCAGUACGCACGCGACAUGAUCGAGAUGUUUAUCAAAAAGGGCAUCGACGCAGACCGAGUCUACGCACAGUCGUUCAACCCCCCGGACAUCUAUCAGUGGAUCAAGGAGUACCCUGCCUUUGGCAAGCAGGCCGUCUUUCUUGACGAGGAUGGCGACGACGCUCCGGGCCCAAACUAUACCGCCGCGGUCGCUCGCCUGCCCGAGCUCAAGGCUAAGGGUGUCAACAUCAUCUCCCCUCCCUUUCCGUAUCUUCUUACCUACGGCGACAAGAAGAACAGCACCAUCGUCCCAUCCUCGUAUGCUCUUGCUGCAAAGGCUGCGGGCCUUGACAUCAUCGCCUGGAGCUUCGAGCGCUCGGGCCCGCUAAAAGGCGCCGGUCUCAACGACGACUACUACUACUUCACCAUCGCUGACGCCACCAAGUAUGAUGGCCAGCUGUACGAUGUGCUCAACGUCUUGGGCAACGAGAUCGGCAUCAUCGGCCUGUUCUCGGACUGGUCCUCGACCGUGACCUACUUUGCCAACUGCUUCAGCUUGGCUGGCCCUGACCCAUCCAAGUAUAAGGUUUAA